CCGUCUCGGGCCUCCGGAACCACAGUCCCCAGCAGGCCUCGCGCGGCGCGCUGCCUCCUGGGAUUUGUAGUUCCACCGCGGCUCGGCGGGUGCCCGACCCGGCCCCGGCGGGCGCUGUUUGGCGACUCUGCAGCGCCCCAGCGGGGCCGAGGGACCGACCUCCUAGGCGUCUGGAGAAACUAGGGGUUUUUUCCGGUAAAGUGGAGGAACCUCUAGCUUUCCUCUCCCCGGGCCAGAAAGCAGCCAGAACGAAAGAGCGCCCGCCCAGUCUCCAGGCAACACUAGCUCCUCUGGAGCACGGAGCCCCCUCCCCAAGGACAUGAAGCUGUUGGAGAAUUCGAGCUUUGAAGCCAUCAACUCACAGCUGACUGUGGAGACCGGAGAUGCCCACAUCAUCGGCAGGAUUGAGAGCUACUCGUGUAAGAUGGCAGGAGAUGACAAACACAUGUUCAAGCAGUUCUGCCAGGAGGGCCAGCCCCACGUGCUGGAGGCACUCUCCCCGCCCCAGACUUCAGGCCUCAGCCCUAGUAGACUCAGCAAAAGCCAAGGCGGCGAGGACGAGGGCCCCCUCAGUGACAAGUGCAGCCGCAAGACCCUCUUCUACCUGAUUGCCACGCUCAACGAGUCCUUCAGGCCUGACUAUGACUUCAGCACCGCCCGCAGCCAUGAGUUCAGCCGGGAGCCCAGCCUUAGCUGGGUGGUGAAUGCAGUCAACUGCAGUCUGUUCUCAGCUGUGCGGGAGGACUUCAAGGCCCUGAAACCACAGCUGUGGAACGCGGUGGACGAGGAGAUCUGCCUGGCUGAAUGUGACAUCUACAGGUGGGCUGGCAUCCCUGCAGGUGGGCCCCCAUCCCUGCAGGUGGGCCCCAGGUAUGUGUGGCACGUGGUGCCUCACGCCACCUGUCACCCUGUACUCCCCAGCUAUAACCCAGACUUGGACUCAGACCCCUUUGGGGAGGAUGGUAGCCUCUGGUCCUUCAACUACUUCUUCUACAAUAAGCGGCUCAAGCGAAUUGUCUUCUUCAGCUGCCGUUCCAUCAGUGGCUCCACCUACACACCCUCAGAGGCAGGCAAUGAGCUGGACAUGGAGCUGGGGGAGGAGGAGUUGGAGGAAGAAAGCAGAAGCGGAGGCAGUGGGGGUGGGGCCGAGGAGACCAACACCAUGGAGGAGGACAGGGUCCCAGUGAUCUGUAUUUGAUGAGGAGGAGCGGAGGCCCCAGCUUCAUCCAGCUUCAACCAAUGCCUGGACCUGCCCACCUGAGAGGCCCCUGGGGCCUCCCCAGCUGCUGGCCAGACCCUGGCACUGCCACAGUCCUGGCACUACCCAAGGCCAUACCUGCCUAGCCCUUUGGCUCCAUCCUGUGGAUGCCCACUCACCCCUCAGACUCCUGCUGCCCGUACUGUGGCCGGACUCGGCAGCAGGGAGCCUGGUGGGAAGAGUGACUGCCCUGCCCAAAUGAACUGCCACAGCAGGGAGAGCUGGACCACAGAGUUUAUUUUUGUAUUUCUACUGGGCCUGCACACUCCAGCCCAAAGGGUCUGUGGCCGGAGGCCCCGCAAACAGGCCCCAGCGGUCACCAGCUCUGGUCUUGGGCCGGCCCCUGGUGCCCACCUGUACCCCCACCUCGCCCAUUUGGCCGCGUGCACUGAGUGUCACUUUGCUGCAGCUCAUUUCUUUCCAAUAAAAGUUUCUGUGACUUAG